AUGAUGAAUUCUUCAUCUUUGGAAGGCGAAAAACGAAUAUUUCGACGUUUGAUACGUAUUUCUCGCGAUCGUGAUUAUCCAUUAAAUCAUUUAGAAACUGUUCUUUUACCAUUAUUUCAAAAGGACUAUACAGAAGAUAGUUUACGUGUGACUAUUGAAAGUGCCAAUCAUAUCUGGUGUGCAUACGAAAAUGGUCAAUGUCUCGGCUGCGUAUUGGCUACUGAUAUUGGCUCACAUGGUGGAGUGUAUGUGAUUUUAUUCGGAGUUUGUGAAUCCGUACAAGGUCUGGGAAUUGGAACACGUAUGUUGAAGAAAAUGAUCAAAUGGUGUCGAAAGCGUCGACGAUCAUUUAUUUUUCUCCUGACAGAAGAUUAUAAUGAACGUGCUAUUCGAUUAUAUGAAAAAGCUGGUUUCGAAAAACAUUUCCACUCAACUAUGUAUGAUGAACCUCUACCGGAGCAUGGACAGGGUGUUCUUCCAUUGAUGCUUUUGCUAUGA